AUGUUGCCUUCAGAUAUGCCUCACUUUCACUUCCAACCACUGCGUCUGGUUCUGCCAAGGGCUCCACACAGAACAUGUCUCUGGAUGGUGGUUAAGUCGCAGGCCUGGGCUCAUCUGCUGACUCUACCACUGGAAAUGGCCUCCACCUUCAACCCCCGAGAAUGCAAGCUGUCUAAACAGGAAGGGCAAAGCUAUGGCUUCUCCCUGCGAAUUGAGAAGGACACUGAUGGCCACCUGGUCCGGGUGGUUGAGAAGGGUAGCCCAGCAGAGAAGGCAGGUCUCCAGGAUGGAGACAGAGUUCUUAGGAUCAAUGGUGUCUUUGUGGACAAGAAAGAGCAUAUGCAGGUUGUGGAUCUGGUCAGAAAAAGUGGGAAUUCAGUGACUAUACUGGUCCUGGAUGGGGAUUCUUAUGAGAAAGCUAUGAAAAAACAAGUAGAUUUGAAAGAGUUGGGUCAAAGUCAGGAGUCGAGUUUGAAUGAUAAGAAGCUGCCCUCUGUGAUGAACGGAGGAGCACAGACUUGGACGCAGCCACGGCUCUGCUACCUGGUGAAGGAGGGGAGUAGCUAUGGCUUCUCUCUGAAAACUGUCCAAGGUAAAAAGGGAGUGUGCAUGACUGAUAUAAAACCUCAAGGUGUGGCUAUGAAAGCAGGAGUCCUGGCUGAUGAUCACUUGAUUGAAGUGAAUGGAGAGAACAUAGAGGAUGCCACCCAUGACGAGGUGGUUGAAAAGGUGAAGAAGUCCGGAAGCCGCGUCAUGUUCCUGCUGGUGGACAAGGAAACUGACAAGCACCAUAGUGAGCAGAAGAUAAAAUUCAAGAGAGAAACAGCCAGUUUGAAACUGCUACCCCACCAUCCCCGGGUUGUGGAGAUGAAGAAGGGAAGCAAUGGCUAUGGUUUCUAUCUGAGGUCAGGCCCAGAACAGAAAGGUCAAAUCGUUAAGGACAUAGAUUCCGGAAGUCCAGCAGAGAAGGCUGGCUUGAAGAACAAUGACCUGGUGGUUGCUGUCAACGGCGAGUCUGUGGAGUCCCUCGAUCAUGACAGUGUGGUGGAAAUGAUUAAAAAGGGUGGAGACCAGACUUCACUGUUGGUGGUGGACAAAGAGACGGAAAACAUAUAUAAACUGGCUGGCUUUUCUCCAUUACUCUACUAUCAAAAUCAAGAACUGCCUAAUGGGUCUGUCAAGGAGGCUCCAGUUCCUACUCCUGCCCCUCUGGAGGUCUCAAGCCCAGAUACUACAGAGGAGGUAGCAGAUCAUAAGCCUAAACUCUGCAGGCUGGUCAAAGGUGAAGAUGGCUAUGGCUUUCACUUAAAUGCGAUUCGGGGUCAGCCAGGCUCAUUCGUCAAAGAGGUACAGAAGGGUGGCCCUGCUGACCUGGCUGGGCUAGAGGAUGAGGAUGUCAUCAUUGAAGUGAAUGGAGUGAACGUACUGGAUGAGCCCUAUGAGAAGGUGGUGGACAGAAUCCAGACCAGUGGCAAGAAUGUCAUACUCUUAGUCUGUGGAAAGAAGGCCUAUGAUUAUUUCCAGGCUAAGAAAAUCCCUAUCGUUUCCUCCAUGGCUAAUCCACUGGAUGAUGCCCCUGAUCCCGAAGAAGGAACGCCGGAGGAAGCAGAGCAAGACUCACACAUGGCAAAAGAACGAGCCCACAGUACAGCCUCUCAUUCUUCUUCCAAUUCUGAAGAUACAGAGAUGUGA